ACGUGUGACCUCUGCGUGAUGUCAGUUCCCAGAACACACCUUCUUAUGGGCUCAGAGCUGAGUGUUUCUCAGACGAAUGAGCAAAGAGAGCUUUGGAGCUGAUCUCUAACACUGCGUUGGCAGAGCUACGCUGAACCGGGACGGAAAGCAUGGGUAUUCUAUAUUCAGAGCCCAUCUGCCAGGCUGCCUACGAUGAUGACCUCCAUCAGGUGGUUCGACUGGUGAAAACGGAUGCCAGAAAUCUAAAUGUUCAAGACGAGCUGUUCGGAGACACGCCGAUCAUAGCUGCCUGCAGGCGGGGAAAUGUCCAAACGGUUACGUACCUUCUCCAGCAAAAUGCAGAUGUAUCAAUACGGAACAAGAAGCAAAGGACCUGUUUGCAUUAUGCUGCACGGAGAACGUUUUCCUUUCUGGACUACCUGAUGAUUGUAAUUCUGAUGCCCAUCUUACUGAUAGGAUACCUCAUAAUGGUGGAAAAGACAAAGAGGAACGCAAACCUGAUGAAGCUUAUUUUGAACUCAAACGUGGAGAUCAAUGCUGUGGACUGUAAAGGAAACACUGCACUUCAUUAUGCCUGUCAGCGAAAGAGCGACCACCUUGUUUCGCUGCUGCUGGACAAAAACGCUGACAUUUCUAUCACAAAUGCGGAUAACGAGACCCCGCUGGAUAUUGCCCGAAGACUGAAAUUUAAAAAUAUUGUCACCAUUCUGAAAAAAUCGGACUGAAUAAUGGGCAACGGUAGACAAAUGGAGACCGCCAUCGCCAUGGUAACACCGUUGCAUGAGAACACCUUCAAGUCAGCGGCUGUAAACCGUCAUCCUGCCAGUCGACCGAAUAUUCUGGCUUUCGUUCCAUCUCUCAUCAGAGGAUUGCAAUUAAGGAAAUGAUUGUUCUGAAAUGCAAAAAAAGCAGAAACGACAAGUGUUCUUGUGAACAGCACAGGGACAAUUAGGCCGAAAAAGAAGCGAAGGUGUCAGAUUUUGUCUCGAGGAAUGAACGCAGACUCUACCAGGACGAGGGAUCACAUCUGUUGCUAUAACUGGUAAAAGUAAAAUUCACUGUGUUCACGUUUUGCAGGAUGAGCCUUGCUUUGCAAUCAGGGCUUUUACCCACCCCCCCCAGUAUUUUACAUGCUUCUUGGGACCUGGUUGAUUCACUGAUCUGUGGAAUCUCACACACCAUAUUUAAUGCACUUGUACAUUUUAUUAUUAUGGUAACAGCCCAAAAUGGUGUGUAGUUGCCACCUUUAUUUAUUACAUUGAUUAACAGAAGGUGAGGCCUUUGGUUGAAAGGAA